AAUUAACCAAACCAGCCCUCCCCAAAACACAGCCCCUCUUGCCGUUUUAGCGAAACAGAGACACACCCUUGCAUUCUCCACCAUCAUCGCCAGUCCCUCUCGUUGGCCUCCAAGCUUCCCAAAUCACAGCUGCUGCUCCUCCAUAAUCUGACGCAACAAGCAACCCAGGCGCCCAAAUGCAAGCACAGGAAACCCAACUGCCUCGUUCUCACUCUUCAAAAAACUCCACCAUAUCUGCUGAUUUAGAACGGGAUAGCACCUGAACUUCUCAAUCGGUGCCCACUAGUCUCCCUCUAUUACUCAUUAGCCAUACUCCUCCAUCACCAUCUCUCUUUGCCUUCGAACAGACGUAUACAGCCGUGGCGGUGAGGCGAUUUCCUCUAGCGGGCGGCACCAGCAACACCACAUCAAUCAGCGCAGCUCCACAGUGUAGUUACAGGAGACAUUGACACUUUCCUCCCGUGGGGACAGAGCAAAGAAUUUGGGUAUUCUUGAAUUUUAUUAUUAGCUGCAUUUGGUCAUUUUCGGUUCUAUUUUCAUGAUUCAGCGCAAUAAUUACUCCUUAUUUUGCUCUUGAAUAUUCUUAAGACUUAUUUUGAUGUUGAAAUCCCCUGUGUCCAAGAUUUUUAGCCGAAAUCUUAUCUCUAGUUGUUGGAGUCAUGAAGCUCAGAAAGUGAGAUGUUGAGGCUGCCAUUUCAUGGGUAUUGAUAGAAUCGGCUUUAGAGUGAGAGGGACAACAAAAAUGGAAGAAACAGCCGAGAUCGAAAGGCCGAGGCCUAUUUUUAGAGAUAUUAGACGUUAUUUCUGUGAUUAUUGUGGAAUUUGCAGAUCUAAGAAGUCUCUUAUCACUUCUCACAUUCAAAAGCACCACAAGGAAGAGAUGGACAAGGAAAAAGCUCAUGGAGACGAAAAAAUUGAGGGGGUGAGGUCUAAUACUUGCCAAGAAUGUGGUGCUAGUUUCAAGAAGCCUGCAUAUCUGAAACAACAUAUGCAAAGUCAUUCUCUUAUGAGACCAUACGUGUGUUCAGCUGAUGAUUGCCAUGCCAGCUACAGAAGGAAGGACCACUUGACUCGCCACCUUCUUACGCACGUGGGAAAGCUCUUCAGGUGUCCUAUUGAGAAUUGCAGCCUUGAAUUUGUUUUCCAAGGCAAUGUUAAAAGGCAUGUUAAAGAACUCCAUAAUGAGAAUUGCCCUUCCACUAAUGUUGGUCAGAAGCAGUAUGUUUGCCAUGAAACUGGUUGUGGGAAGGUGUUUAAAUAUCCUUCAAAGUUGCAAAAGCACGAGGAUUCUCAUGUCAAAUUAGAAUCAGUGGAGGCAUUCUGUGCAGAACCAGGCUGCAUGAAACAUUUUUCCAAUGCUCAGUGCCUCAAGGCCCACAUCUAUUCAUGUCACAGAUACAUGAGUUGUGAGAUUUGUGGGACAAAACAGCUGAAAAAGAACUUGAAGAGACAUCUCCGCACCCAUGAAGCAGGAGGUCAGUCAAUGGAGAAAAUUGAAUGCCAUUUUGAGGGUUGUUGCCACGUAUUUUCUAGUAAAACAAAUCUUAAUCUGCAUAUUAAGGCUGUGCACCUUGAAGGUAGACCUUUCACCUGUGGAGUUCCAGGUUGUGAUAUGAGAUUUGCGUACAAGCAUGUCAGAGAUAAACAUGAGAAAUCUGGGUGCCAUAUCUAUACUCCCGGUGAUUUUGUGGAGUCUGACGAGCAAUUCAGGUCAAGGCCACGAGGUGGGAGGAAGAGGAAAUGCCCAACUGUAGAAAUGCUUAUUCGCAAAAGGGUUAAUGCACCAAUUGAUUUGGAUGGGUGCCAUGCUUUUUUUCAGUCAAUGGAAUCAUGAGCAUUGAGUAGUCAUGAGUUCCCCUUUUAGGCUGUUGAACGUAGCUAUGUAUGCGAAGUGGAUGGUUGCUCUGGCGUCUUACUUUGUUACUCUUAAAGAAAUAGAGGCUACGGAUUGUUGAA